ACCACUACAUACGUUGAUGAAGAUGGUAAUACAAAGACAGGUGUUGUGAUUGUUACUACUGAUGAAAAUGAGAGCUGGUACACUACUACUCUGGACUUCGAAGCAACAUCUUAUACCACUACAUACACCGAUGAAGAUGGUUCCACCAAGACGGGAGUUGUUGUUGUUACUACUGAUGAAAAUGAGGACUGGUACACUACAACACUGAAUUUGGAUGACAAUAUGUACACCACUACCUAUGUUAAUGAAGAUGGUGAUACAAAGACAGGUGUUGUGAUUGUUACUACUGAUGAAAAUGAGAGCUGGUACACUACUACUCUGGACUUCGAAGCAACAUCUUAUACGACUACAUACACCGAUGAAGAUGGUUCCACCAAGACGGGAGUUGUUGUUGUCACUACUGAUGAAAAUGAGGACUGGUACACUACAACACUGAACUUGGAUGACAAUAAGUACACCACUACAUACGUUGAUGAAGAUGGUGAUACAAAGACAGGUGUUGUGAUUGUUACUACUGACGAAAAUGAGAGCUGGUACACGACUACUCUGGACUUCGAAGCAACAUCUUAUACCACUACAUACGUUGAUGAAGAUGGUAAUACAAAGACAGGUGUUGUGAUUGUUACUACUGAUGAAAAUGAGAGCUGGUACACUACUACUCUGGACUUCGAAGCAACAUCUUAUACCACUACAUACACCGAUGAAGAUGGUUCCACCAAGACGGGAGUUGUUGUUGUUACUACUGAUGAAAAUGAGGACUGGUACACUACAACACUGAAUUUGGAUGACAAUAUGUACACCACUACCUAUGUUAAUGAAGAUGGUGAUACAAAGACAGGUGUUGUGAUUGUUACUACUGAUGAAAAUGAGAGCUGGUACACUACUACUCUGGACUUCGAAGCAACAUCUUAUACGACUACAUACACCGAUGAAGAUGGUUCCACCAAGACGGGAGUUGUUGUUGUCACUACUGAUGAAAAUGAGGACUGGUACACUACAACACUGAACUUGGAUGACAAUAAGUACACCACUACAUACGUUGAUGAAGAUGGUGAUACAAAGACAGGUGUUGUGAUUGUUACUACUGACGAAAAUGAGAGUUGGUACACUACUACGCUGGACUUUGAAGCAACAUCUUAUACCACUACAUACACCGAUGACGAUGGUUCCACCAAGACUGGAGUUGUUGUUGUUACUACUGAUGAUAAUGAGGACUGGUACACUACUACGCUGGACUUUGAAGCAACAUCUUAUACCACUACAUACACCGAUGACGAUGGUUCCACCAAGACAGGUGUUGUGAUUGUUACUACUGAUGAAAAUGAGAGCUGGUACACUACUACUCUGGACUUCGAAGCAACAUCUUAUACGACUACAUACACCGAUGAAGAUGGUUCCACCAAGACGGGAGUUGUUGUUGUUACUACUGAUGAAAAUGAGGACUGGUACACUACUACGCUGGACUUCGAAGAAGCAAAAUACACCACUACCUAUGUGGACAAAGAUGGGAAAACUAACACGGGUGUGGUUAUCGUUUCCACCGACGAGAAGGGUAAGUGGUAUACCACAACUCUGGCGUUCGAAGAUGUAUUGCCUACUUCUGCCCCCAAGCCCAAACCUGAUGUUGACUACUUUAGCACUAUCAGGACAAGUUCAGGAGACGUAAUAGUGGUGAAAACUAUAGGUGUAAUUGUUGAAUGUUUAGCUAAAGGGUGCAGCACUGAGUUUGUUGAUGUUCGUAGUCCCGAGGAUUAUACUAAGGUGAUCCAAUCUGUUACUAAGACCGUUGUUGUGACUGAAACUAGCUGUGAGGGUGACGCAUGUGUCGAAAGGGUGAGAACUGAGGAAAUAGCUACCGAACAGACUAGAUGGGCAACAGGGUCAGAAUCGCAGCCUUCUGCGGUUCUUGAAGGUGUUGCGGCCUCGAGAAUUUUCAAAGCAAGCAUUACUGGUAUUUUCGUGGGCUUGAUUGGAGCUCUUUUUAUUUAA